AUGAAUUACAACCUAUUAUGGAUUGUCCUUCUGAUCCUAUCAAGUUACGCGGCAUCGUUACCGGUACCGAACCAGUACGAUUUGAGCGUCAUCGGCCUCGACCAUGAAUCCAUGAAUAAUUCUCCAAAAUUGCCAAAGUAUGAAGAUUCACCUGAUUCCUCGGAUGAAAAAGUUAUAUCAGUGAGAAUAACAUCAUCGGUGGCCGUCGGUCGUGGCAAACCUAUGUAUAGAUACCCUAGCGAUGAGGUAAAGGAACCUGUUCUCAAAGAUGAUCCACCUAAAGUUUCUAUCUCAGAAACACAAACUCGCAACACAAUGACCAAAAUUGAUGAGUUGAUGCAAACAGAAACUACAAAUCUACCGCCAAAUCUAGUAGGCGCUAACAUAGAAUAUCUAAAGCAAAUAAAUGCAAAAAAAGAAUCAAGAGAACACAAUUCAGGUCAAGUGUACCCAAUGAUGUUACCGAUCAGAGAACAAAAUAAAAACGACGACGAAACUUUGAGAAAAACAGACGAAUAUGAAGAAAGCAUCCUCGAUGUACCACUUGCUAGAAAAGUACCAUCAACAGCGGAUGCUAACAGAUUUGAAGAUCAGAAAUCAAUUCAAAGAUUCAGAAAUACAGAAAUGAACUCGCCUGUCGAAUCUUAUCUUCAAAGUCAACAUAAUGAUACAACAAGAGCGGCAUUGUUUCAACCUUCUGUGGAACUCGUAUCAGAAAGUAGUAAUAAAGAUGAUCAAAAUGUAACUAAUAUUACAACUAUUUACGAUGACGAUCUACAAACUGAUCAUAAAGAAACUAGAAAUACAGAUCUCUUGACUGCAAUUAGAUCUUUUACGUCUAAUAAUAAAAAUGAUCAAAGUGACGACUCUGUAGCUGAACCAUCUAUAAAGUCAGUCGAAUUUGCGAAAUAUAACGAAGCAAUAGAAAACAUACCACCGACAGCUACUAUGUUACCAGGACACUCCUCAAAUAACCUUCAAGGUUUUACAAAUAGACCGCUAAAUGAUGGACGAAGUAACCCAAGAUUAACCACAGUUAGUUUUAAUAUAGUACACGAUGCAGCUGAAACCACUAAUGACAACGAACCUAGUACCUCAUACAUAACUUCAAGUCAAGUGAUUAGUAAUCCAAAACCAUUUUAUGAUCCUCCUAAAAUUUACAGUCAACCAGCACAAAUAUAUAGUGAGCCAGCUAAGUUUUACAGUGAACCAGCUAAGGUAUACAGUGAACCAGCUAAGAUAUACAGUGAGCCGGCUAAAAUAUACAGUGAACCUGCUAAAAUUUAUAGUGAACCGUCUAAAUUUUACAGUGAACCGGCUUCUUUACACCUUAAUGAAAACGUUCCUUCAAGCAUAGCUCCUAACUACUCUCUAUGGCAAAGACAACCCCAAACGCCCUUUGGUAGCAGUACAGUGAAUACAACCCCAAUAAGUACUGUUAAUGCAUUACAACAACAGACUACCUUAGAACACCAGCCGGAGAAAAACUACGAAGUUGAUGAAAAAAUCAGUGUGUUAACAGAUGGACGUAGCCACGGAGUACAGCCAGAUACGAGCACUGAGAAGUGUAAACAAGAUAAUUGUAAAGUAGGAUACGUUCUAGAAGGACGGCAGUUUAAGAAGUAUAGAGUAGAAGAAAGAACUCCAGAUGGUUUCAUAGUUGGGGAAUACGGGGUGGUGAGAAAUGAGGACGGCGCUCUACGUGGCGUACGCUACACGGCCGACAGCGACGCCAGUCCACGGCUCAUACACGACGCACUCAUGAAGUUCCUACAGCUCACAUAG